CUCUACGUAGGUCCCCAUCCCAUAAUUUCAGCAAAUUAAACUCAAUCUAGACUCUCACACCGGACAGGAAAAUUUUUCUUAGCUUCGUGGAUUCACAUCCAUCCUACUCGAUCAUAUCACAUCCACACAGAGAAAUCAUUUACAGAGAGAGGGAGAGAUAUAUCAUGACUUUUUUCUAUUCAGUAUUUCCUUCAAUGUUUCCAUUACUUUUUGUUCUUCUCUUGUCUUUCUCAGGGGCAACUUCAGCUCACACCCAUGAAGAUUUUCUUCAAUGUCUUCGCCUUCAAUCCAAAUACUCUGCCUCUAUUUCCAAACUCGUCUACACUCCAAUCAAGUCCUCCUACUUUGAUGUCUUGCAAUUCUCAAUCCAAAACCGAAGGUUCAACACCACCAUCACCCCAAAACCUCUUGUCAUUGUCACCCCUUCGAAUGUUUCCCACGUCCAAGCUGCCGUCAUUUGUUCUCAGAAACAUGGCAUGCAUAUUAGAGUUCGAAGCGGCGGCCAUGAUUAUGAAGGUCUUUCCUACGUUUCUGUUCUCCCAUUUGUCAUUAUUGAUCUCAUCAAUCUUGGAUCUGUCAGUGUUGAUGCAACCAGCAACACUGCAUGGGUUGAAGCUGGUGCAAAUUUAGGCAAAGUUUACUAUUCUAUUGCUCAGAAAAGUGGAACUUCUGGCUUUCCGGCAGGUACUUGCCCUACUGUGGGGAUCGGAGGGCACAUCAGCGGUGGAGGUUAUGGGACGUUGCUCCGUAAAUACGGCCUCGCGGCAGAUAAUGUAAUUGAUGCACAGUUGAUUGAUGUUAAUGGUAGAAUCCUCGAUAGAGCUUCAAUGGGUGAAGAUCUUUUCUGGGCUAUUAGAGGAGGUGGAGGAAAUACCUUUGGAAUUGUUGUUGCAUGGAAACUAAAUUUGGUUCCAGUUCCAGAUACAGUGACUGUGUUCACAGUGGAAAAAACCUUGGAACAAUAUGCAACCCAGCUUGUGGAUCGGUGGCAAUGUGUGGCAGAUAAGCUUCAUGAAGAUCUGUUCAUUAGAGUUAUCUUAGAGCGAGUUAAUUCUAGCAGUCAACCAGGAAAGACAACAAUAAGAGCAGCAUUUAAUUCCUUGUUUCUUGGUAAAGUCGAUAGUCUUCUUCCAUUGAUGCAAGAGAGCUUUCCUGAGCUGGGUUUAGUGAAAGAAGAUUGCACCGAAAUGAGCUGGAUCGAGUCCGUCCUUUAUUUUGCUGGAUUCUCAAGAAAUACAUCCUUGGAGAUUUUGCUUAACAGGACUCAACCAUCCGUGAGGUUUUUCAAAGCAAAAUCUGACUAUGUGAAGGAACCUAUGCCCAAGGUUGCAUUGGAAGGCUUAUGGAAAAGGCUGUUCCAAUUAGAAAUGGGUUCAGGUCAAUUGAUCUUUAGUCCUUAUGGAGGAAGAAUGAGUGAGAUUUCAGAAUCCAGCGUUCCAUUUCCACAUAGAGCUGGGAAUUUAUAUCAAAUUCAGCACUUGGCGUAUUGGGAUGAAGAAGGAAUUAAGGAAUCAAGAAGACACAUAAGUUGGAUCAGAAGGCUGUACAGUUUCGUGACUCCUUAUGUUUCAAAAAAUCCAAGAUUAGCAUACAUCAACUACAGGGAUCUUGACAUUGGGGUUAACAACCUGCAGGGAAACACAAGUUACAAGCAAGCAAGCAUUUGGGGUAUCAAGUAUUUCAAGAUUAACUUUGACAAGUUGGUCCAUGUCAAGACCCAAGUUGAUCCUGCUAAUUUCUUCAGAAACGAACAAAGCAUCCCGCCACUUUCAUGUGGGAUCAUAAAUUAGUUAUUGAUCUCCAUUGACCGGGCACCCUAAUAAGGAUGUUUGUGUUCUAUAGUGGGCAUCCAUGUGCUUCUGUGUGGAUUACGUUUCAUGCAUAAUCGAAUAAAAUUUGAUGGCAAAAAUUUUAUUAAAAAAGGUUCAUGUUGAAUUUGAAAAUUUCGAAACCAUCAAUGCUAUAGAAUUUCUUGUGUA